AUGGAUCCCGUAAUUCCUCCAGCGGACACCAUUGCCCAACUUCCCGUGUUGGAUGCGGGAAAGCUCCUCCAGGGUGACGAAGUAGAGGUCCAGAACCUACUUCACGCCUGCAAGACACAUGGGUUCUUCUUAUUGAACCUAGAGACGGACGAAACGUCGUAUAUGGUGAAAGCCUGGAACGAUGUUCUUGCGUUCAUGGACCAAUAUUUCAACCAACCGACCGAGGUGAAGUUGAAGGAUGAGCGCCAUAGUGAUAUCCAUGGCUACGAGCCGUGCGGUACGUCCACUGGUGCCACUGAUGAGCGCCUGGACCAUUAUGAGAGUUUGAAGAUCUCAUUCAUGGAGUGCAUGUCGCGAAGUGAAAAUCUGGCCCCGGCUUUGAAGGAGAACAUUGAAUUGUUCGAGACCUUCGUUGCAGGCGCUCAUCACCUGGCGAUGACUCUACUCAAGUGCCUCACUCGCGCUCUCGGUGACCAAAUCCCCGCCCCGUUGGAAUCAGUCCAUGACCCCUCUCAGCCGACAACAAGCACAAUGUCAAUGUUCCGGUAUCCCCGUCAGACCGAGGAAGAGGCAGCCAAAGGCAUCGGACACAACAAACAUACCGACAUCGGCACGUUUACAUUCCUUCUUUGCCAGCAAUGGGGGCUGCAGGUUCUCUCACCGGUAGAGAAGAAAUGGCUUUAUGUGCCCCCCAGGGAGAACCAUGCUAUCAUUAACGUGGGCGAUUCGUUACGGUUCUUGACAGGAAAUCAACUCUUUUCAGCUGUGCACCGUGUCCUGCCCUUCACUGAUCGCCAACUGGAGCACCGGCAUUCCAUUGCCUUCUUUCUCCGUCCAGCCGACAACACCAUCUACCGUGAUUCGAAGGGCCGGUUGGUUACUGCCCGUAGCUGGCACGAUGAGAAAUUCGAUCACUUCCGGGCAUCUCACGCUGAGCAGUCUGCAGACAGUAUCCUGACCGGUGGAAUGGAGCGGUCGGACCAAAUCAUCGUUGCCACUUCGGCGUGA